AUUGAUCAGGGCAUGCCCGUAAAACCAAUGCCGAGCCACUUUUGCCAAGAAUUCUUCUCGGCACUAAAAUUACGGGCAAGCAUCCACCAAAUUAUGACCGUAAUUAAUGAAAUACUGGCGGUAAUUGUGAAAUUACGAGCGUAGCUCCUCUUCCAUCAGAGUAAAGUGAAACGCGCGUUGUGGGCGAAUUACGGGCAGGCCGUGAUUACGGCCGUAAUUCUGCCCGUAUUUCGCCCAGAGUCGGGUUUUUGAAGGCAGAUUCGAGCCAAGGAAGAGGGAUCGGAUUUCUUGAGCAAAAAACAGAGCCCUAGAGAGAGAAAGGACGAAGAACACAUCCUAGAAGCUAUCUUGGAGCUGGGUUUCAUCAAAUCAAGCUUGGAGAUCGUCAUAGGAGUGGAAAUCAUCAUCCCAGAGCAGAUUCUUCCCAUAAUUAUGAGUAUGACUGCUUUGUAUCUUGUUUUCCUCUCUCUCUAUGGAGUAGAACCCCUCUCUCACUCGGGGAUGAAGAACCCUAGUUCUAUGUGUUAGGGAUUGAUUGUAAUGACUUGGGAUGAUAUUACUGUUUGAUUUUAAUCGAAUGAUGCAUGUUUAUUGAGUCAAUUGAAGUCUGAUCAACUUUUCCUGAUUCCUGCUGCAAUCUGAGAUAGAUAGAAUCUGAUUAGGUUGCUAGAGUCUCAUCAUUCGGUAGUAGGAGAUUGGCUAUACGAGAGUUAGCCAGUUUACUGCUUUGUACUGGAAUCUAAUUCCAGUAGUGGAGUUCUGUUCUUACUGCUUCAGCUCUCUAUCCCGGUGAAGACUAGUCGUCUGCCAGGUAGUUAGACUGAGAGGGCUUGGUCAGCUUAAGAGAUUCCAAGCUACUGUCGGAUCUUCCGCAGUCUAAUCAACAGUAAAUCAACCCAGGGAAAUACAAUUGAAACCUAACUAAGGAGCUAGGGGGACUCAUUCCCGACUGACUCUUACCUGUUUGAGAAAACCGUAUCAAUUCUUGAUUUCUUUCUGCUUUUGCUUUUAAACAACAAUCACUUACUUUAGUUGGCUAGAUAAUGGAUAAUCACUGAGUAAGCAGUAGAUCUAGACCCCGGGUUGAUAAUAUUACUUGUCACUUUACUGCAUUCCCGGUCUCCGAUUACACUUGGUCGCAGAUUGGUGUUGUGUUUUAGAACAUCAAAAGGCGUUGGAAUGGAUUGUAGCAAAAGAAAAAGCGUAGAAAGAGGAGGGGAGUAGAUGGUUAACAGAGAUGGGAUUGGUGUAGAGUUUGAACACGGUCGUUGUGUAGACAGAUAAGGUUGCUUAUUUACCAGAGAGAGAUGCUGUUGAUCGUCUUUGGAUGAAAGGAACAGAUAGCGAAGAGUGAAGCAGAUGGUCUCUUUGGAGUGGUUCAGGUUUUCGGCUACUGUUUUCCGUUGCAGCUGUUAGUAUGAAUGGAUGGGGUGGUGUUAAAAGGGGCUAGUUCGAUUUUGAGGUCUGUUAUGGGUUUGUUAGUGUUAGAGAGUAGGGUUCAGGACUUGUUCCUUUCCUUUCUUCCUUGUUGUAGAGUUUUUUCUUCUUUGUUUGUUUUUGGAUCAUCUCUCUUGAUCCGUUUUGUUUUUUGGACGAUUUUUUCGUUUCAUGUUAAUAUAUUUUCACCAUUAUAAAAGAAAAAAGAUAGAUAGAACACAUAAACAAGUGGAUACAUGGAGUGGAUAAGGGCCGCCCUCGCCCCUCAAAGCAAGGGUCAUGAGUUACUUUACCUGACUGUCAUUGGAAGACAGGUCUGAUUCUAGCUGCCCAUAGGUAUACCUUUGGUACUUCUCUAUCGUCUUGAUUAUACUGAAAAACCAAAACCAUGUCAUUUCAUAUGUUAUGCAGCUUGGAAGAGUACUAUGAAUGAUUAGGACAUGCUUUUCUUAUUAAUUAAUUUUUUAUUUGAAUAUAUAUAAAUAUAAACCUCAAUUACUGUUCAAUAAGAGAUAUAGGCGGUAACUAAAAUUUGUUGGGCCUAUUGAUUGGACUUAUAAUAUUUGUUCAUUAGACAUGGGCAAGACAAAGGCAAAUUGAGAGAUAUGGGUAAACUUCCAACCAAACUACAACCAUCACCUCCCAUUGUCAACACGCGGUCGACCCGCUUGUUAACCCACUUUGACUCUAAACCGAUGAGAAAAACGGGUCACAUGCACUCAUCGGGUUGGCUGUUGCAAGAUACCGAGUUAGAGGUCAAAUUGUUUUUUUUAUUUUAUUUGUGAAAUGCAUCUUUUUUUUUUCAUCUAACCCAAUCUUUGAAAUUCUAAGCUCAACAUUUGAAUAUUGAUGUUAUCUAAAUGUGUGUGAAUUUACACCAUAUGUUAGAUUCAAGUACGACAUGUUAUUUUGGUGUAAUGUUAUGUGUUAUUACUCAUAUGUUAGCUGAUAUAUGAUAUAAUUUAUUAAUUUAUGAAAAAUAUAAUAACUUUUUUUUAUAAAUCCGAACUAAAUCGGAAUAAAAUUAUCGGACCUUUAAUUCUCAACUCACUUACUCGAUUGGACCAACCGGCUAAACCGGUUGCAACAUUCCCUCCCAUAAACCACCGGUUAACGUCGCAUCGCCUGAGAAUUUUAAUUGGUGAUGCAAGGUGACAUCUUAGGAAAAAUUGGGGAUUAACACAAAGCAUAUCAGGAGGCAAAUUCAAACAUACAUAUGAGAGAGGGAGCUACAAUUGAAGGAGAAUCAUAGACUCAUAGUUAAUCAAGAAAAAGUUUCUGAUUAAGAAGGGAAGAUAUAACCAAAAAGAACUAUGUGGCUAUUAAUAUUAUUAUAUAAUAAUUAUUAUUAUUUCAAAGCGAUAUAUUGUUAAGGCUUUUUUUUACUUGUAUAACUUCUUUUUUGUUAAUGGACAGUGAGCCUUUUUGCAAGGGUUUUCAAUCAAAUAGAACCGCAGCAAUGCACGAUCACUUUUCUAGUUAUUAUUAUUAUUGCGAAAUAUUAUCCUUAAACCUCUCUAAUUCUCCGACUCAAACCCUAACUAUGUCCACAAUUUACGUGUUUCUAUGAAAUUAACUCCUAAUAGAAUUUGUAGCCAAGCAAAACCUUUUUCAGCUAGUGGACAUAGAUCAAUUUUUAAAGUAGGGUUGGUAUUUGGUCGUGUGACGGUGUCCGGUAUACCAGUUGCCGAUUACCCGGUAUUCGGUAUACCGCCUUCUGGUAUUGUGGCUUCCGAAUAUGGAUACCGAAUCUUGGUCGGUUAUCGAUAUAUCUGAUAGUCGGUAACCGGUAAAUAUCGUGUACCCUGAAAACCAACAGGAAUUGCUGUCUUUUAGAACCGAUUCAUCAUUCAACCUUUCCAAUCGAAUCAGAAUGAAGGGAAGGAUCAAAUUGGUAGUGGGAGGGAGGGAGAGAACACAUCCGACCGGGAAUUCUCACCUGAAAUUGAUGUCUCAACUCGCAACAAGAAAACCCUGUAGUCGACGAGUUAAAUAAAUCUCUACCACCAGCAGAAUCGAAUGCGCCAUAAUUGGAAUAAUUGUCCCUGUCCGAAUCGUCCUCACCGUCAGAAUCGUUUGCAGCACCGCUAUCAGGAGGGGCGUCGUCCUCAUCAGUCGUCCCUAUGCGGCUUCUCUGCCCUCAAACUCAGUGAUCACUCGGCGGCGGCUGAAAUUCGAAGAUAUAUUCAUCUGUGGCCGGUGAGGCUUCAAGCAACAACGGUGAACCUCUUUGUGUCGUAGACUGGUGGUGAGUGGUGGUGAGAAGAGGAAGACGGAGACUCGAACUCGGACUCGAGAGAGGAAUAGGGAAGAGAAGCCCGCUGUGUGGAGGCAGGCAGGGUGAGGCAAAGCGAGAAAUUAGGGUAGGGUUGGGGGACAAUCCGCUGUCAUUUUUCGAAUGGGAACAACUGAUCUGGUAUAACGGUAUAACGGCUCGCCAUCGGUAUGUUAACGAUUAUGUUUCGGUAUUACCAUUUCCAAUUUAUGACUGGCGAAUAUCGAAAUUAAACGGUAUACCGAAUACCGUUGGUAAUCGGUUAUAUCGAAUACUAGUCCUAAUCUAAUGGAGAAUGGCCUCCUACCAUGUUAACUUAAGACCCCACAUGGAAUUCCUUUCUUCACUACUUCUAUUGUCCUUUGAACCAAGAAUUAUACAAUUUGAUCAUAUUAGCAAAACCAAGUGAGCUAUCCAUCCCAGUUAGUAUGUGUUUCAGCUACUCAAAUUUAUGAUUUUGGUACCCAAUACUCAGGCGAAAAAACUUGGAGUGUAAAAAGAAAUGAAAAUUACACAUAAUUUUCUAGUGAUUCGUCGAACAAGGUUUCGAACGACCAUCAAACUAUGUUCUUUUUAGGAAAACAAACACUAUCAAGCUCUUAAAUUUCUGUAUCUCUUCUCGUUUCCUCAAUAUUGAAAACCAUCGAACUAAUCAUACCUUAACUGGGGAGAAUAAAUUUUUCUUGCAUUAUUAGUGAAAACUUUCCUUAGUCCAAUAUCAAAUCAACUAAAGAACUCCCAUAAAAAACUUAACAACGGAAGCUUGUCGAUGCGUGGUGAGGUUUACACCGUGACCACCUAGGUAUUAGUUGCUCAUUCAAAAUGCUCACAAUCUUAUUAUCCGGAUUUGAGAGGAGAAUUUUUGGGCCUAUUCAUCCCGUUAGUGACACCCUCUCUCUCUCUCUCCCUCAUGACUCUCUUUAUUUAUUUAUCUAUAUAUAUUUAUCUGUCAUGCACAUUCUCUCUCCCUCUCUCUAUGACGAUCUCUCUCUCCCUUCGUCUGCAAUUACUUUUCCUAUUUUUCUCUCGCGUUAUAAAAUCGACAAGUUCCUCUCAGUCUCUGACAGCGUUCUCUAACUAUUCUUUCCAGAUAAUGUUGAUGGCAGAGCCCGUUCAAAAAGGAUAACUAAUAUUCGUGAAUCGGUAUUUAUUUAUGUUUGUAGUUGUUGAUAUUUGUAUUGGUGUACUAUAUUAUUGUUCCUUUUUUGUAUUUUUAUAAUCGAUAUUCAUCUCAAUUCGUAUUUGUAUUGUUUGACAUUGGUUUUGAUUUAUAUUGGCUUUGGUUUUGGCUUGGAUAUUAGCACUAAUUUAAGUUUUAGGGUUUGUACGCUACACACAUAUCUCACAAUAACUAUAAGGAUGUUCUCCUUCGGAACCCCCUUCAUUCCAAUUUUCCUUGAUUCUGCGCAGUCCUCAUUAGGGCCUUUUGGACUUUUAGUAUAAUGGGUUUACUACGUGAUUUGAGUAUAUUUAAUACCAAGCCUUAGUAAUUAUAAUUGUACUGAAAAUCUAAUCCCCUUCCUUUCAGGUUUUCUUCCGUCCAACUUCCAAGCUAGCGCUAGGUAUUCUAAUUAAGUCAUUAUUAUUAUAACCAUAUAUUACACUCCAUGGAAGCAACAACUAGGAGCAAGUAACCACAAAUUUAAAUAAACCAAAGUCUUAAGAGUAAAUACUAAUUAUCGCUAAUAAUUGUGUAACUCCAUUCUUAGUUAAGAUACUAAAUUUUUUGGAAUUUUGACGUCCACGUGUCUCUUCCAAGUUCCAAGUCAGUAUCAUGUUGCCAAAUCAAUAUUACUAACAAACUUGCUAACAGGAAGAUAACAUUUGACUAAUUAUUAGCAAUUCAAUAAAUUUGGCUAAUAAAAUAGAAUUUGAGAA